AGUCACCCUGCUGCUCAAAGACAACAGCUAAAACAGAGGAUCACACUUGGUUUCGUUUCUCUUCAGUUUUUUCUCUCUCAUAAGCCACACUCCUUACUUCCUGCCUUGUGUGGGUGUGUGUGUGUGUGUGUGUGUGUCUAAAUGUGUGCGUGACAGCAGAAAGAAGCUCUAUGACAGAAUCCAACAUGCUUACUUAAUGGUCCGAGAGCUAUAGCAACCAGUCAUGGACACCUGAAGUUACAUAAUUGACUGACUAUCAUCUGAGUCUGAACUAUCAGCACGAUCAGAAGAUGGAGUUUGCCUGUAGUCAUGUUGUGUGCAACUGGACGUCUGGUACUAUGGUAACAGGUCUUUCUUCCACAUUGCCUGGCACUACACGUGACGCCAGCAUCCCUGUUCCUCUCCCGAGAACACGCUCCAUCAACGACCAUGACUACGACAACCGUAUCUCGGUCAUUCCAAGACCAGCGCAGGCCUUGGCACCCCCACCUGUGCCCCCUCGCCUGUUUGAUGCUCCAGCACCAAAACAGCCGCAUGCCACCCCAGACCCGCCCCGAGUGCCCCCCCCAGUGCCCCCUCGAGGCGUAGAGGGGAGUGGGGAGAGCCCCAUUAAAGCCAAUGUCAAUGUGCUUUUACUCAACGUGGGGCAACUAGUAGACAUCAGUAAAGCAAGUGGUAUCCAGAGCAACCAAAAGCCAGUGUACUGCCACGCAUGUAAAGCUGUCAUGUCAACAGUUAGCUCCUUGCAAGGCCGACAGAAUAUAAAUGUGUGGUGCUGUGAGUUCUGUGGGACAGAGAACCCACUCUCAGGCCCUGGGAACAAGCUCAGUCGCCAACCCCAGCUCCAGCGUCCCUGUCCUGGUCGGGACGUUAUGUACGUGCACGAAGAACUGGAUGCAGAUUAUGAGAACCUGGAGGACAUGCUAGUGGUGUUCUGCGUGGAUGUUUCUGGAAGCAUGAGCGUCACCUCAGAGACCUCACCUGGAAAUGCCAUGAGGUCUCCUACAUAUGUAUCACGACUACAGGGUGUUCAGGAUGCCCUUCAUAAGGCUUUAUCGUCCCUGCUCCAGAAAUCUCCACGUCGGAGAGUUGCUCUGGUUACAUUUAACAAUGAGGUGACUGUGUACGGCGAUGGUACAGGUGUUCCACUCACGAUAAGAGACUGGGCACUUCUGGACUAUGACCAUCUACGGGAACAAGGAGAGACAUUCUCUACCCCACACUGCAUCGCCGAGAGCCUCCUGUUCCUCACCAAGAGGGUGAAAGAACUGAGAGAGGGUGGAGCCACGGCGCUGGGCCCUGCUGCCCUUCUCUCUGUAGCAAUGGCCGCACAGUACCCUGGGUCAAAGGUGAUUAUCUGUACAGACGGAUGCGCUAACAUUGGGUUAGGUCAGCUGGAGCAAGAGCAAGGCCAUAGCGCAGCCCCUUCACCCUACUUCUACACCCAGCUAGCAAACUAUGCCACUGAAAAGGGGGUGAUUGUAUCAGUGAUGACAUUUGAAGGCGAGGAUUGCCGCCUUGCAGAGGUGGGCAGGCUGGCAGAUCUGACCGGGGGAAGGAUCAACAUUGUCAACAUUGGCACUGUGGCUACAGAAAUUCAGUCUGCUUUAGCAGACAAUGUCAUGGCAACUGGGGUCAUGGCAACACUAUUGGCACCUGAUGGCGUGUAUUUCCCCUUUGAAGAUGAUGAUGCGCACAAACUGGUGAGAGAGAUUGGAAAUGUGACUGAAGGCUUAGAGAUCACAUUCCAGUUUGCUGUGAAACCGGACAAAGUGGAAAGUUUUCAGAGGAGGGACAGGAUUCCCUUCCAGCUGCAGCUGGACUUCAGGACUCGCGACCUGCAGAGGGUCACCCGAGUCAUCACUCAGCAGAGACGGGUGACGACCAGCAGCUGGGUGUGGGCGGGCAGUCUGAACAUGGGCGUGCUCGGAGUUCACUGUGCACAGCUGUGUGCCAGACUCACUAUGGAGGGAAGAGUGCUGGAGGCUCAGAAUCAACUGCGCGCCCAGCAGGACUUGCUCAAAGACAUCAGUCAGCAGAAGCCGAGUCCUAGAGAGGAGAGUGUGUAUGGCAACUGGAUCAGCACCAUGAGCAUGAUCUGUGAGGACCUCACAGACAACAAGGAGAGUAGAGAGACCAAAGCUGACCAUGUCCUGCCAUCCUCUCCAGUCACGCCUCAGGAGCUCUCAGACGAAGCUGCUAAAGUGGUUUAUCAAAUGAAGAGGGCGAAAAGUGUCAGAAGUCUAAAGAAACCAGAAGCAAGGAAGAGCUGAUCAAACAAGCCCACAAAGAAUCCAGCCACGCCAACAAGCCAUGGCACUGAGGACUCGAGAAGAUCAGCCCUUAAAGACAUUUCAGCUGUUGCCAGGAUAUGAUUCACGUGACCAAUGGGCAGAGGAUGUAAUUUGUAAAUGUCCUGCGUUGGUCCAGCUUGCUGUAAUUAUGGAAUAGCAUUGUCAAGUUGUGGAUAUGAUGUUUUGGAGUGGACCAUGCUAAGUGAUGAAACUGUGAAGUUUAAAGCAGCACUAAAGAAGAUUUGCUCUCAGGGUCCCCCUACAGUUGAGAAGCACAAUGAUAAAUGAACUUGUUAAUGUAAUAAAUGUGCUUUUUUGUAACAACAUAAAAACAUAACUCAGAUACAACAUAGAGGAAAUGCAUGGACAGCACAGUCUGUAGAAGGAAAGCUCCAAAUUCCUGUAAGUAGCCUAUCUAUUUGCACUCUACAGUCUCGAAGGCUGUUCUGUUGGUGAUUUUUGUUGCCCACAAAGGUUGCUUUGUUGGUGAUUUUGUUUUUUAUGGUACACAGGCUAGGUUGUUGAUUGGCCACUGAGGCCCCUACCUAAAGCACUAGGAAUUGUUGUGCAAAGUAUGAAAAUAUUUUCAGACUUACAGUAAUGAUAUAGUUCUGGAGUAACCGUGACAAAAUGUAUAAUUCUUUGUUUCAGGGUCUCUCUCAUGCAUUUAUUUGCAUUGCCUGAAAUGUGCAAUAAUGCACCUGGAACGGAAGCACAUUGAAUGCAGUUUUGCUUUCAGGCUUAUAUUAAUUUUAGGUCUUAUCUUUUUACAAAAUAAACCAAGCACAUUUAGUGUCAUGAGCAAA